AGACAUCUUAGGACUAGCGUGGUGUACGAGUCAAGGUUCCUUGUUGUAUGCGGAUAUGACUGGCUCGCCUUCAGGACGCAAGCUUUUUGUGGGCGGCCUGCCUCCUAAGGUCGACGAGAAGGCUCUGAGAGAUGUGUUUGCUCGUUUUUGGCACAUCGAAGAAGCGAUAAUUGUAACUGACCGUGAGACACACAAGAGCCGUGGCUUUGGAUAUGUUGUGUUUAGUAAUCCUGAGGAUGCAAAAGAGGCAAUUUCAACAAUGGCUGGCGAACGUGGCAAGAAAUUUUUCAACCAUGAAAUGACCCUUGAGUAUGCAAAAGAUAAGGAUUCCGCGGCACCAAGAGGAAGAGGAGGGCGUGGAGGUGGUCGUGGAGGGUUCAGAGGAGGCUAUUCAGAUAGAGGUCGUGGACCACCUCCAACACGUGGCCCUCCAUUCAGAGGGCCUCACCCUGGUGAACGUGGUCCUCCCGGAAGGCCACGCGAUGGUCCCCCUCCCCCCCGUAGAGAUCACAUGCCUCCCCCUAGCAGAGGACCCCCUAGGGGACCCCCAGGAGAACCACCCAGAGGACCACCUCCACGUGAGAGAUAUGAUGACUAUGGACCCCCUCCUGACCGUGGGUACCCCUCAAGGGAUUAUGAUCGUGGAGGCUACAGUGACCGCGAGAGGGAGAGGCCACCUAGCUACAGUAACGACUACUAUGGCAGCAGAUAUCCACCGCAUGAACGUGGUGGAGGUGGCAGCAGUGCAGGUGGUGGAAGCAGUUACUCCAGCAGUGAGCGUGGUUAUGGCCCACCCAUGGAUAGAGGUUACGGCAGCUCAGACCGUUACAGUAGUGCCGAAAGAGGAUACUCCAGUGACAGAGGUUAUGAUGACAGGUAUGGAGGCAGCACUGGAGGUUCCGGAGGCGCUUCACAUGAUCGAUAUCUUCCAGAGAGAGGCAGCUAUGGUGGUGAGCGUCAGGAGAGGGGUGGUUAUGACUCUUAUGGCAGUAGUGGAGGAGGCUAUGGAAGCAGUGAGCGAGGUUAUGGUGGACCCGAGCGAAGUUAUCCCCCACCUGAUCGUGGGUAUGGGCCCCCUCCUGAGCGAGCGAGAUCGGGAAGCUACGGUGGACCUCCCGCUGAAAGGCCGUAUUCAUCUGGAGGUUCCUAUUCCGGAGGCCGCGACUGGUGAUGAGGUGCCGAAUCGCGCUCUCCGAUCCUGCGGUGACCACCGAAGUUUCUUGCCGAUGCACUUUAAUUUGUUCCAGUUACAGAUUUCCCCCUUACCUUGACUGUAAAGUAAACGCUUAAGUUCGCUUAAUCAGUUCAUCUGUUGCCGAAUCCAUCUUUGCAAAUCUUCGAAUGCCUAAUAACGAACUGAAAUCCGCUUUGUUAACGGACCUUGUAGAUUCUCCUCGAUUUUCGUACCUUCGGCAUCAUAUGUGUAUAUGCGUGUAGCUUGUGGAAUUUCGAAUGUUGCAAUGCAUAGCGCAGACUUAAAGUAAAUAGUAUCUUGCUUUCAUGUGCACAUUUUGACUGAACGAAUCGCCGUUUUUUUAGCAAUUUUUAUGUACUGAUUGUGAGAGGGCUUGGAGGUAGUGUUAAAAAUGCUUUUUUGCGCAAGUAGAGCUGUUUCUUUUUAUUGCAAAUAAAGAGUUGUAUCCUGAAAA